AUGAUUGACCUCUAUUCUACAAAACAAAAUCUUCUAAAUUUCAGCAUAUCUAGCGGAUUUCUCGGUACUUUAUAUAUACUCUUUUUGACUGCUUUAUUGGGCAUAGGUGAUGGAGUUCUAUUGACACAACUCAAUGCUUUGCUAGGAAUGCUAUUUAAGCAUGAAAUGAAGCAUGAAAUGUUGUUGAUCAAACCAUCAAAGCCAUCAGAACAGUUGUGUUUACCGGAGAUAUUUUCAAAUAUAGGAUGGACGCUAGAGCUACAGAUUCAGCAAGAGUUACAAAGUUUACUAAAGUGGGCUCUGGACCAGUGGUUAUAUUAG